GUCAAUAAGCAAUAAAAAUAAAGCACACAAAUCGGUGUUUUGGCGAAGCUUUAAAGGAAUUAGAAAAUCGCACUUAAUUGAAAUAACUUUAAAUGAAAAUGACCUUUUUACUCAAAAUCCGUUGCAGACACGAAAAAACACAAGACACCUAAAAGUCUUAAAAUUGAAUAGAAAACCAAAAUUUAUAACCCGGAAAGACCAGUUGCGGCUAAAAAAACUGUCGUGACAAAAAAGCGAGUGUGUGAAAAAUUGAAUUUUCACUUAAAAACUGCAAAAGCUAAAUGGAAGAAAAACUACUAACAUUUCAGAAGAAAUACACUUUUUUUCAAUUGAUUGAUUUUGAAUAUAAGAAUUCCUUCUUAAUUCAUGAUUCAGAUGCCGCCCUUUGAGGAGCUCUGCUAUUGUCAAUCAAUCUGUAUAUGAGUUAGAAACAUAGAAAUUCUAGGGAUAAAAUCAACUUUUGGGCCUCAAAAAUACUGUAAAAUACGAUAAAAUUCUGCACUGGACAAAAGCCGAAAAAAUCCAUACGCCUAAAAGUCAAGACGCUUGAUUCAAAAAUUUUAAUCUCUGAUUACUUUUUUGGUUUUUCUUCACUUCUCUCACGUGACUUUGUCCACUAAAUAAAAACCCCUUUUAUCAAAGGGUUGCUUGGAGUUUCAACGCCAGGAAUAAUGGCUUCUCUCAUCGUUAUUUUGCAAUUUCUAUUCAUUUUUGUGUCUCGGCUUUUUUGCCUUUUGAUUUGGCCAGACUAAUCGUGACGGAAUCACAAUGGCAAAUAUUUGAUCACCGCGCUCGGAUCCAGAAAUCGAUUUUUCCAACAGCAUGCGCCAGAUCCGUUCGAGUUUCCGUGGAUUUUCCAUGCAAAACACCCCGAAAACGAUGUCCAUUUCAGAACAUAUUGGAUCAGUUUAAUAUAAUUUUUCAUGGAACUUUACAGGACUUUGACUUUGUUUAGCCUCGGUUAAAACGGUAUUUUAAUAACAAUAAAUAACUGCCUCUGAUUGGUUGGAUUUUCCAUAGACCAAAAUGCCCAGUUCCAGAAAAAUGAUCCUGAAGCACGUGAUGUCUGGAAUCUGCACCAAGAUGAACCGGAAAAUGAAAAUACCAUCCGACGUCAUGGAAACUCCUUUGAAUCGCUGUUUGCACACUUUUGACAUCACUUUACUUGGUAUUGGGCAUAUGGUAGGUGCCGGAAUUUACGUCUUAACUGGCACUGUUGCAAAAGACAUAGCAGGUCCAGGUAUCGUUAUCUCCUUCCUUCUAGCUGGACUCGCAUGUUUGCUAUCUGCUCUUUGCUAUGCCGAAUUCGGCACACGCAUACCCAAAGCUGGAUCUGCGUAUGUUUACACCUAUAUAACCAUCGGAGAAUUCUGGGCGUUCUUGAUUGGCUGGAAUAUUCUCCUAGAGCACAUGAUUGGUGCUGCUUCUGUUGCCAGAGCUUGGAGCGGGUAUCUGGAUUCUCUUCUAGGAGGCGUGAUAAGUAAUACAACAUUGUCCAUAACGGGGGAAAUGCAUGAGCAACUGUUGGGGAAAUAUCCGGAUUUUCUCGCUUUUGCUGUUUGCAUAUUUUACGCUAUGGUUCUAGGAAUUGGCGUGAGACAUUCCGCACUGGUCAAUACCUGCCUAACCACCAUCAACUUGUUCGUAAUGGUGUUAAUUAUUGCGGCAGGUUUAUACACGGCUAAUGGAGAAAACUGGUCAAAAAGGGGCGGAUUUUUGCCGUUUGGUUUUAGUGGGGUUUUAGCAGCGCAGCUUUGCCAGAUGCGUUUUCCUUGGCCGGUUUGCCCUGGGUGAAAUACAUGGUGUCUUUAGGCGCAAUCUGUGGAAUGACCACCACUCUGUUUGGCUCCCUGUUUGCCCUUCCCAGAUGUAUGUACUCAAUGGCCAUUGAUGGACUACUUUUUGGGUUUCUUGGCAAUGUGAACAGCAAAACUCAAAUCCCACAGGUGAAUUUAGUGAUUUCGGCAUUUGCAUCCGCAGUCAUUGCGCUUCUAUUUGACCUGGAAAAACUGGUUGAAUUCAUGUCGAUUGGCACUCUUUUGGCUUAUACCAUCGUGAGUGCCAGCGUGAUCAUUUUACGGUAUCGACCCACAUAUGAAAUAGCUGCAAGCAAACCGCUGACGUCGCCAGGCUCGCAAAUAUCCGCCUCAACUUCAGAACUUACCACUCCAGCUUCAGAGCUGAUCAAUUUAACUGGAACGCUACGCGUACAGUACAGCUGGUUGGGACCUGUGUUUGGAAACUGUGUGCCUGGAAGUGUUGUAACUGGAGCCGUAUGCGUUUACACAUUUUUCUGUUGUGCCUUGUGCGCCCUCUUCCAAGUGCCCAACCGAGACUUGCAAAGUGGAAUUUGGUGGACGGUCGUUUUUGCCUCAGUUUUCAUACUAGUGAUGGCAGGAAGUUUAACAGUAAUUUGUGCACAUCACCAAAACCCAACCAAUCUCCAGUUCAAAGUGCCUAUGGUUCCAUUUGUCCCCGCUAUAAGCAUAUUAUUCAACAUUGAAUUCAUGGUCCAUCUGAACCUUCUUACAUGGCUGCGAUUUUUCGUCUGGAUGGUUAUAGGUAUGCUGGUGUAUUUCCUCUAUGGAAUCCAUCAUAGUAAAGAAGGCGAAGGAACGUCGUCAUACUCUAUUCUGAUGACUUCGUCCGAAGCUGGCAAGGAAAAAUGGGGUUCCACCACUAAAACGAACCUCAAAUCGGUUCUAACUCACCGAAAAUCAUCCUCCGGAGAUCGAAGUGCAAUAAUCGAUGAUGACGAUGAUGAUGAUGAAACUGAGUAGGAUGAUUAGUUUAGCGCAAAUGUAGGCGAACCGGCGGAACUUUCUGAUAAAGUUCUUUGCAAAGUACCAAAAAUGGAAAUGGACGAAGUCGCAGACUAAGUGCAUUUUGAAGGAAAAGCCUCUUCUAGCAAAAUCAAAUAAUAGCAGGUAUUAUCCAGAACAGACACACUUUAGAUGCAACAAUGUUAACCUACAGAAAAGCAGUUUUACUUGUUAAAUAUGUCAUUUAAAAUAGGUGAGCUACAAAAAGCUGGUGAUUUUUUCAAAUGUUAUAGCAAUGUUAAUUUUGCUUGAUUAUAUUAAGGGUAAAUAGACAUAAUGUUAACAAUG